UGUCCAGAUGACGCCGCAUGGGUGACAGGAGCAGCAGUCAGAGCAGCGGCGUGGUCACCCAGCAGCCUCCUGCAGCAUGGACAGCGAUGAUGACAAUAUAGAAGAGGUCGUGGAAGGUCCACUGGAUGAAGAUGAUCAGCCCCAUGGGUUCUGCACAGUAACUUAUUCAUCCAGUGAUCGUUUUGAAGGACACUUCACUCACGGAGAGAAGAAUGGCAAGGGGAAGUUCUUCUUCUUUGAUGGAAGCACACUGGAGGGUUUCUAUGUAGACGAUGCUCUGCAGGGUCAGGGUGUGUAUACGUAUGAAGAUGGAGGAGUCCUUCACGGGACGUAUGUGGAUGGCGAGCUCAAUGGGCCUGCUCAGGAGUACGACUCAGAGGGCCACCUGGUGUUCAAGGGCCAGUACAAAGACAACAACCGCUGUGGGGAAUGCUGGGUCUACUACCCUGAUGGAGGCUGUGUGUUUGGGGAGGUGAAUGAGGACGGCGAGAUGACCGGGGAUUCAGUCGGCUACGUCUACCCUGACAGACACACGGCUCUCUGUGGAAGCUUUGUAGAUGGAGAGAUAAUCGAGGCUCGCCUCGCCACACUCAUCUCCAACGAGAGCGGAAGGCCACGCUUUGAAAUCGUACCCAACAGUCCUGUGUACUCAUACGACAAGUCCACGUCCACCUGUAUCACCACCCACGCUCUGCUUCCUGACCCUUACGAAAGCCAAAGGGUGUUUGUGGCAGACUCGAUGAUCAAAGGAGCAGGACAGGGCCUGUUUGCUAAGAUGGACACAGAGACUGACACUGUGAUGGCUUUUUAUAAUGGAGUACGCAUCACACACUCUGAGGUGGACAGCAGAGACUGGGCACUGAACGGGAACACGAUCUCAUUGGACGAGGACACUGUGAUUGAUGUCCCUCAGCCGUUUGACCAGACAGAGAGAUACUGCGCCUCUCUGGGUCACAAGGCAAACCACUCCUUCACCCCCAACUGCAAAUAUGACCCGUUUGUGCACCCUCGUUUUGGGCCUAUCAAGUGUGUGCGAACCUUGAGGGCUGUGCAGAAAGAUGAGGAGCUAACGGUUGCUUACGGUUACGAUCACAACUCAACGGGGAAUAAUGGACCCGAGGCCCCUGAUUGGUACAAGCAGGAGCUGAAGGAGUUCCAGCAGAGUCAGGCGGCUCCCACCGGCCUCUGAACCAACAAUAAACAAUACAAUAAAACAACAACAAAACACCCCUUUACCUGUGCUACCACCUUACGAGACUCAGCAGCAUCAUGGCACCAAUAUCCCCUGCAGCUGCACACCACGCCAUAGAUAUCUGGGAAGUUACCGUGCUUGGUAUGGAUGGAAUACUGCUUAAACAAUUUAGUAUGAAUGGAGGCCUAAGCGACACAAGAACUAUGCAAGAAACCAAAUGUUAGUAGAGGAGACAUGUCUCUGGCUGGAGGUGCUGUCCUGUCUGAUUACACCACUGUCCUCUCCAUUACCUAUUACAGGAAAUUAUGAUUUACAUGCUCAUGGUUGGUGCUGAUAAAUUAAGGAUAUAAUGAACAAUAAUUACAUUUUUUUCUCAUUUUUCACCGUCUGUAUCUUCACUUAACUCUAUGUCAAUUGUUUUACAAAGCGGCUACUUAACAGGGCUCCCCUCAAGGUGUUGAGUUUAACAGCAUUACUUUAUGACAGUAUUUAUUUGAGCUGUUUAGCUCACACCUCAUUUGAACUGAUACAGCUGGCCCGCUCCAUGCAUUUGUAAGUGUACCUUUAUAGGCCUAUUCGGUUGGGCGCACAUAUACAGUAUAUGUAUUACAGUGACUAAUUUAAUCAGGAUAUCUGAAAUUGGGAAGGUACUGUAUUUCCUAAGCUUUGUUGAUUUGUAACUGAAGGACUGAUAAACAAUAAAGGGUGCUCUACCACUACAGCAACGACCCUCGGAGAGCUUGUUCUACUUUUCUAACCUAAUUAUGUGUGUUCAUAUCCUACUAAAUAAAGCCCAACAUAAAGAAAA